AUGAUUAGGGGAACAAAGCGGUCAAUUCCGUUUCCCUUGAGACCACAAGAUAUGAGUCGUGGAAGAAGAUUGAUGUCGUCAACGUGGUCAAGCAAUCCUCCUUCUUCCCUUGAAAAGUUACUUGCCCUAAAUAAGAUCAGCACAGAGACAUUUGUCAAUGCAUCUGAGUUGUUUGUUCCUUAUCGUGGUAGGGGACUUUUUGGUGGCACGAUGGUGGCCCAGUCUUUAUUGGCAUCUCUUUUACAUUCCAACAUGCCUGAAAAGAAAUGGAAACCUGUCAGUAUACACUGUCAUUUUUUACAAGCUGUCCAACCAACUCCGCAGUUGCAAUAUAAAGUUACAACGUUAAAGCCGGGCAAAAACUAUCUUACCAAAGAAGUGAAUUUGCACCAGAACAAUAAACUUGUUUUUAAAGCUAUCGUUACUUUACAGGCAUAUAAGCUUCAAGGCUCAGCUUCGAAUUUAAAGGGACAACUAAAUCAUCAUCGCAAAGCUCCUGUUGUCGGGGUCGACAUAGCACCACCGGAGAAAAUGUUCUCUCAGUCGGAGCUUAUACCAAAUUCCACCGCCGUAAAAUGUUACGAAAGAGAACCUUGUGAUUGGAGGUUACCCAAAGAUUUGUUUGACCUUUCUAUUGUAAAGGAAGAGGAAAAAGCUGCACCUGUGGAAGAUCGUGUAUUACGCUAUUGGGUGAAAAAUAAGGAACCAUUGCAGGAUCCAUCAGUUUACAACUGGGUUUCCUUAGCCUAUGUUUCGGAUUAUUUUUAUUUAUCUGCAAAUAUGCGCUUAAAUAUGAGAGAAAUGUUUACCACAAAGUUUAGUGUUUCCCUUGACCACACGAUCUAUUUCAACACCGAACUAAAUACUUCCGAGUUUUUCAACUAUAACGUAAGGAAUAUCAAGGCGGGUGAAAAUAGAUCAAUAAUGAUGGGUGAAAUAUUCAACAGGGAAGGGAAAUUAGGUGCAACUACGUUUCAGGAAGGUUUGAGUGUCAUCAAUCCAUAG